AUGCCGCCAGCCACCUCUUCCUCCCUCCACCUCCUCCUCCUCCUCCUCCUCUUCAUCCUCUCCGUCCUCCACCCCUCCGCCUCCAUCUGCCUCCCCCGCGGCUCCACCACCAGCCCUCCUCCUCCCCCUCCCGCCACUUCCAGUACCCCUCCUCCUUCUCAUCUACCCGGCCGCCCCUCCCCUCCCACUGAUCCUUCCCUUACUAAUUACGCGUCCCACCUCAUCGAAUUCUUCUGCAACCACACCGACUUCUCAGACCUCUGUCUCAAAUCCCUCAAAAAUUCUUCCGCCGUCCUCAAAUCACCCACCAACUCCACCGUUCUCGCCGCCCUCAUGAAAGCGGUCGACGUCAAGACCCACGACGCCCGCUCCUUUGCACAAAACCUCUCCGCCGAUCCCCAUUUUGACGCCAAGACUCGCGAACUGCUGCACGAUUGCAUCGACGUCUACGACGAUGCUCUCGACAAUCUCGAAGCCGCCAAAGAGGCUAUCAGGGUUGGAGAUAUCGGCACGCGAGACUCGAUGUUGAGCGCCAUGAUCAGCAAUUUCGGCACUUGCGAGGAUGGGUUCGCAGAGUUCAGCAUCAAAUCCCCUUUGGAGGAUUGGUCCGAGACAUUGCAGAGCAUGACUGACAAUUGUCUUGCCAUCAUCAACAUGAACAGGAUUCAUGAUGAUUACUGAAAAUCAAGAAUGAAUAUUUUUUAUUUUAUUAUAUAUAAUUUUUGUUGAUUAAGCACUCUUCAUACAUACUGUUUUC